GAGAUAUGAAAUCACUUUGUUAGUGUGACCUUAACAUAGAUUUACUAUGACUGAUUGUUGCAGGUAGUGGAUGUCGAAAUAUAGAGAUCUCAAUAGCGCAUGAUGGGAGAUACAAUCAUUUUUGAAGAAUGCAUAGCUCUUGGACCAUGGGGUGGUGGUACACAACUAGUGGUGAAAGAUUGGAUUUUUAUGCCAGACGGGUUUAUUAAAAAGAUUACAAUUGGAUAUGGAAGGGUUAUUGAUUACAUAACAUUCCAAAGUGACACUCAGAGCUCCACUAUCGGUACAGCUGGCAAGAUUGGGUGCCAAAAUUGUGACAUGAUUUGCAUUCAAUACCCAAAUGAAUAUUUAACUUCGAUAAGUGGGGCGAUUGGCAUCCAUGAAGGUUCUCAAGUAGUGAUGUCGGUAUGCUUUCACACAAAUAGGAGACAGUAUGGCCCAUUUGGCUCUGCGGGUGUCACUGGUUUCUCAUACGAUGGUAAUAGGGGGAUGAUUGUUGGGUUUCAUGGACGUUUUGGCAAAUUCAUUGAUUCAAUUGGGAUAUAUGUGAUGCCUAAAUCACUAGCAUUAUAUCGAAACUGUAAAUCUGAUGACAAAUCCGGACAUAAGUUGUUGAUAACGGGAUUAAUGCCGAGGGAUGUAGGACCUUGGGGGGCUUCUGGAGGUAAACUCUGGGAUGAUGGAGUUUUCAACCAUGUCAAACGAGUAUGUGUUCACUUGGGGAAGUCUUAUGAUGUGAUAUAUGGCGUCCAAUUUGAAUAUGUUAAAAAAGAUGGUAAAUCCUUUUCGUCACCUGUGCAUGGUGGUGGAACAGGUGCAGAGAAAACAGAACAGGUUGAUUUGGAUGGUGUGAAAGAGUAUUUGACUGGGAUCUCGGGGUUUUAUGGACCCGUUGAGGGAUUUAGUGGAUCGAAAGGUAUAACAUCAAUUGCUUUUCACACAAACAAGAAGAUGUAUGGGCCUUACGGAAAAGAAAGGGGUGAAGCAGGGUAUGCUUAUUUCACCUCUACUGCAUCUCCUGGGAAAAUUGUUGGUUUUCAUGGCAGAAAAUCUGACUUUCUUAUCGCAAUUGGUGUUCAUAUGGAGUAUUUCUGAAGAUAAUGUUGAUGGAAGAAGCCUAGACCUUUAUCUAAAAUGCAUGAGAAUGAAUGGAUAAUAAUUGCAUCAAACUUGGUAGUCCAAUUUUAUUUUUUUUCGAUUGGUACCUAAAGAAUUUGCAUCCAAACCUUUUGAAUUUUGAUCAUUUUGAAGCUUAUAUUGAUCACUAGUUGCCCUGUUCUAAUAUUGACCCUGUUAUUUUGUGGAGUGUACUAGAAGACCCUCUUACACUUUGCACAACUGUGAACCUUCAUUAUCAAUUCCUUUUAAAUCUACACAACUAUAUUCCACAUGAACAUUACAAUUGCAUGUCUACCACUUCAUCCAGUUUCGAAACCGUCUUAAAAUAAAAACAUAUAUAAAUACGCUUCAUCAUUUUGCAUCUAAACUAGAAUACAAUAUAAACUUGUAAAUAAUCACAAUUCACAAUCGCACG